GGGAAGCGAAGGGAAAUUUUCUGCCUCUGAGCUCAAAACCCUCAACCCGCAGUUUCUCUCUCGACUCUCGAACGGUGAUUUUGAGCUUAAAUUUGCUGUUUCCGGCGGGUUUUAGAUCAAUCAACCAAGAUGCAGAACGAAGAAGGUCAGGACAUUGAUCUCUACAUCCCAAGGAAAUGCUCUGCCACCAACAGGCUGAUUACCUCCAAGGAUCACGCCUCCGUCCAGGUUAACGUUGGUCAUUUGGAUGCCAACGGUCGUUACACCGGCCAGUUCACCACUUAUGCUCUCUGCGGUUUCGUCCGAGCUCAGGGUGACGGUGACAGUGCCCUCGACAGGCUGUGGCAGAAGAAGAAGGCUGAACUGCGCCAAUGAUUUUACUCGCGAUUAGUAACCCAUUAUCUAGUUGGGGGAGGGAGCGAUUAGUGUGUAAUGGAUGAUACUCUUUUAUCACAAUUUUGUGGAUUUUGUUCAAUGGAUUGAUGUUACAUUCAUCCUAUGGAAGUUCAGAUUUCAUUUGACUAGAUGCUUGUGGAUGGAAUUUGGUUCUUGCUGUUUUCGUCCUCCCCUCAUAAGUGCGAAUCCCUAUGUUCAACUGCAGUAUAUGUGCAAUUUCAUGAGUCUUGUUGCAGUUUUAUCGAUUGUAUUCGUUUCUCAGUUGUUUGAUCGAUUCUCUUUUGUGUUUCAAU